AUGAUUCUAAGGCUGCGAUCGAGGGAUGGGCUGGAACGGGUUGAGGUGUCAGAAGCAUCCACAGUGGCUGACCUGAAGAGGAUGAUCAGCAACAAGCUGGACAUCCCAUUGGGAGAUAUUAGAAUCUCCAAAGACUCGUCAUUGCUGCUUUCAAAGACACCAGGGGAGCAUGCAAGUCUGGGCAAGGAUGAAGCACAACUUGCAUCCUUGGGGCUUGGAAAUGGGGAUAUGUUGUUUCUCCUGUACUCUGGUGAGCGAGACGUGGAACCAGCUUACAAGAAGUCCGAGUUCGACAUUCGUGGAUUUGGACAGAAGAUGACAGUGGAAGAGAUGAUGUCGCGCCAGAUGCGGAUCGAACGACAGGAGCAUCCCAAAGUGGCAUCUGUAUCAUUCGAUCGCCAUGCUGCAAACGUGUUCCAAGCAUACGUGCGAACAGCCUUAGCAUUUUCGAUCAAGAGAGGGGCAAUACUGUAUGGCACUGUGGAUGAAGAGAACAAUGUCAGGGUCCAAUUUGUGUUUGAGCCACCUCAGGAGGGCAGCACGGAGCAGCUUCUACUGGAGCGAGGAACAGAUGAAGAGCAGAAAGCAGAUUUUGUCGCACAGCUACUGGGGUGCAAAAAGUUGGGAUGGAUAUUCUCCCAGAGCACCAAGGAACGCGACUUCAUAUUGUCUUCAGGGGAGCUAAAGCAGAUGGCAGCUAUGCAAGAUGAGCUUGGAGAGAAGUGCGUCACGGCUGUUGUGUCCUUAGACACCAGUCAACAAGGGGGCCACGUUCAUUUUGAGGCAUAUCAAUGCUCACAGCAGUGUGUGAAACUCUGGAAAGAAGGAUGGUUCGCACAAGAUCAAGAAGAGCACUGUGGGGUGAUGAAGAUGAGGAAUCCACGGGAUCCGAGUGCAAAAGCCCCUGUCAUUGUUGCUGGAAAGGAUGUGGCAGAGGUCGACAAUGACUUCUUCCUGUGCCCUGUCAAGAUCCUGGACCACCAGGGCCCGUUGUCCUGCACCUUUCCAGUUGAGAACAGGCUGCUGCCUCAAGGCAAGACGGAGCUGAAAAAGCACUUGCAGGGCCACCCCGGCAAGAGUUAUGUUGAGAAGCUCUCCGAUUUCCAUGUCCUCCUGUUUCUGGCCAAGCAGUGCCAGUUGGAUGAGUCGGACGUCGCACUGCUCUGCGAGGCGGUGCAGUGCCAAAAGCCUGUGCUGGAAGGCUAUCGCGUGAUCAUCGACUCCAUAGCAGGUAUUGACUGA